UGUCCAUCUCAAUCAUCUAAACUCUCCACGUAACCCCCCCUUCGUUUCAACACUCUCUCCUUUAUGGACACUUGUUAACCCCCACAAAAAUUUUGUACUUCCUCAAUUUCCAUUAUCAAACAACCAAUUUCCCUCUCUCUUCAACUCUUGCCAGACUGCCACUACAUUAUUUUCAUACCCACCUCUAAUGGAGGUUCCACAGGGGUUUCUGGCCGGCCUAUGGAGCUUCAUCUCAUUCUUGCCUUUCUUCUUAUUGCUUUUCACACUUGGCCUCCUCAAAGCUGCAAUAAUAGGGCCAAUCGUGGUAGCUAUCAUUGUGGUUGGGAAUUCAGCUGUGAUAAUUGGUCUUUGGCCUGCUCAUUUUAUCUGGACUUAUUACUGUGUGGCAAAGAGCAAGAGACUUGGGAUGGUUCUGAAGGUUCUUGCUUUGGUAUUACUGCCAGUCCCUUCAGUCCUCUGGCCAUGUAUUGGGAUUGUUGCAAGUGUUUUGGGUGGAGUUGGGUAUGGUGUUUUUGCUCCUCUUAUUGCUACAUUUGAGGCUAAGGGUCAUAACUUCAGUGAAAAAUUCUUCCACUGCUUUGCUGAUGGUUGUUGGUCUACUAUCAAGGGAAGCUGCAUUGUGGUUCUAGAUUUAAUAGAUUUUUGCUUCCACUCUUAUUUCUCCUACAUGGAUGAAUUAAUUGCUCAAAUACCUGAGGAUGAAAAGCCAAUGGAGAUCAAUGUCUCAAAAUUGCCAAGCUGUUUGUUAGUCUGCUUGAUUGGUGUCGCAGUAGAUGUCCCUUUGAUUACAGCCGUUGCUUUGUGGAAAAGUCCAUACAUGUUGUUUAAAGGUUGGAAGAGGCUUUUAGAAGAUUUGAUUGGCAGAGAAGGGCCUUUCUUAGAGACGGUGUGUGUACCAUUUGCUGGCCUUGCCAUUAUCUUAUGGCCUCUGGCUGUUGUUGGAGCAGUGAUGGGUGCUAUUGUCUCUAGCUUCUUUCUGGGGCUAUACAGUGGAGUUGUUGUUCAUCAGGAAGACUCACUUUGUCUGGGACUUGCAUUUGUCAUAUCGGUGGUCUCCUUGUUUGAUGAAUAUGUAAAUGAUUUGCUCUACUUGAAAGAGGGAUCCUGCCUCCCGAGGCCUAAGUACAGUAGAGACGUUAACUCUGGUUCGGUCGGAGACAAGCUAGAUGACAACCGCAACAAAGAAGCAAAAAAUGGAAAGGAUGAUUCAAUCACCUCAAAACUAGAGAGAGAGGGCUCACUCACUUCAAAACUUGUUUCAGAAGGUUCAAGAACAUUGAAAUGGGCAAUUCAACAGUAUAAACCAAUGCAGGUGUGGGACUGGCUAUUUAAAUCUUGUGAGGUGAAUGGCAGGAUACUUAUUCGCGAUGGUUUGGUAAGUCUCAAGGACAUCGGAGAAUGCAUUUUAACGGGUGAUUGUAAGAAGUUAAGCGUGAAACUGCCUGCUUGGUCUAUAUUACAAUGUCUGCUUAGAUCAGCAAAGUGCCACUCAUCUGGGUUAAUGAUCUCUGAUGAUGUGGAGCUGACGAGGAGAAAUGGACCCAAAGACAAGGUGUUUGAGUGGUUCAUUGGACCCCUGUUGAUCAUGAAAGAGCAAAUAAAGGCUCUCCAGUUGCAUGAGAAUGAAGAAAACUGUCUGAAAGAAUUGCUUAUGAGAGGCAAAAAUGAUAAACCUGAGGAGUGGGACAGAACUUGCUUCCCUUCCACUGAUAACGUUAAAAGAGCUCAAUUACAAGCUAUAAUUAGAAGACUGCAGGGUCUUGUUGGGUCAAUUUCUCGCAUACCGACAUUCAGGCGCAGAUUUAGGAAUCUAGUGAAGUUGUUAUAUUUGGAAGCACUUCAAGAUAGUGCAUCAGCCAACCACAUGGGAGUCAUCUUCGAACCCAAAAAUGGAAACGGGAGCUUAAUUCUGAGAGACCAAACUCAAAACAGUGCAACUGAGUACAAGAACAACAAUGUAGAUAUAGUUUGAUGAAGAAUGACCUUCGUGUUGCUAAGGAAUACCAUUUCCAUUUGCCGUUUGUUUGAAAAGAACAGGACGUCCAGUUUCGGGUCUCUGAGAUUGAACAUGAAAACUUGGGUUCAGAAUUUUAGCCUUGUAAUCGAAAUGUUACCACUCUUUCCUUGUUUCUUUCUUUCUUUCUGAGACAUGUACAUUGAAAAUUAUGGGGAUAUAGAGAUUGAAGAAAAUUUAUAAGAAA